ACUUUUGAGAGCUGGUCUUGGUGGUUCUGCUCCUGGUUAGGGGUACCAGGACAGGUGGAUCUCACAGUUCAUUCGGUCAGCAUGGGGUCUGGCUCCUCCUCCUACACUUCCAAAACCAUCUAUUUGGAUGUAGAUGGCAAAGUGCAGAAGGUGCUUUUCAGUCGUCACUGCAGCCCAUGUGAUAUCAAAGAACUGCUGUGUUCCUCCUCCAACAUCUCUAGGAACACUGCUAUAAUGAUGGUGAACCCUGAAGGUGCUUUCGUGUCUAUCGAUCCCACAAUGCCCACCAACACCCCCAACUCCCUGUACAAAGUCAUUCCUUUGUCUACCGGCCAGCUGGGAGAAAAGGAAGAUAUGUUUCAGAAUGUGAUCUCACAGAUAGCAGAGCAGUUCAGCAGAGCGUUCAGGAUUAACGAACUGAAAACGGAAGUGACCAACAGACUGGCUAUGCUGGAGAAGAGAGUAGAACUGGAGGGUUUGAAGGUCGUGGAGAUUGAGAGGUGCAAAAACGACCUGAAGAAACUGAGAGAUGAGAUGACAUCCAGAGCAGGAGGAAGAGUGAAUUGUCCAUGCAAAUACAAUUUCUCAGACGAUGGAAUGAAAUUAACUCCUAGACGUGAUGUCCCCAGCUACCCAAAGUACACGCUUUCUCAGGAGACCAUUGAAGCGCUGAAGAAACCAACCUUCGAUGUUUGGUACUGGGAGCACAAUGAAAUGUUGAGCUGCCUGGAGUACAUGUACCAUGACUUAGGCCUUGUGAAGGAGUUUAAUAUGAACCCGAUUACUCUCAAACGCUGGCUGCUGGGCAUUCAGGAAAAUUACCGUAGCAACCCGUUCCAUAAUUUCCGCCAUUGUUUCUGCGUGAGUCAGAUGAUGUAUGGCAUGAUCCACCUCUGCAACCUCCAGGAAAAGCUCACACUGACAGAUCUGGGCAUUUUAAUGACUGCUGCCGUGUGUCACGACUUAGACCACCCUGGAUACAACAACACGUAUCAAAUCAAUGCUCGCACUGAGUUGGCAGUGCGCUACAAUGACAUCUCGCCUCUAGAGAAUCACCAUUGCGCUGUGGCCUUCCAGAUACUCUCAUUGCCGGAGUGUAACAUAUUUGCCAACGUGGACCCAGAGGCCUUUAAACAGAUCCGACAGGCUAUCAUCACACUGAUUUUGGCCACGGAUAUGGCCAGGCAUGGCGAGAUUCUGGACUCGUUCAAGCACAAAGUGGACAGUUUUGACUUCACCAAUGAGGAGCAUGUGACUUGUCUGAAGAUGGUCCUUAUCAAAUGUUGUGACAUUUCCAAUGAAGUCCGGCCUACAGAGGUGGCAGAGCCGUGGGUGGAUUGUCUGCUGGAGGAAUACUUCAUGCAGAGUGAUAGAGAGAAAUCUGAGGGACUUCCUGUGGCGGCCUUCAUGGACAGAGAAAAAGUCACCAAGCCCACAGCCCAGAUUGGCUUCAUUAAAUUUGUCCUCAUCCCCAUGUUUGAAACUGUCAUGAAGCUGUUCCCUCAGAUUGAAGAGAUUAUGGUGCAGCCUCUCAGAGACUCGCGGGACCACUAUGAGGAGCUGAAGCAAAUUGAUGACGCCAUGACCGAGGCACAGAAGAAAAAAACUGAAAAUAUGUCAUUAGGAGGGAAGAAGAAAUAAGCACUUCUGCGAUUGUAAUGAUACUGUGAGACCCGUGCCCGUCUGCACUGUGUGGACAGAGUUCCGGUGUGAGGAUCUGUGAGACACUGGGCUGGUGUUGACGCCGGCUGGUUUGAAUCCACUGAAUCUAAAAGGUCACCUAAUCGACUCAUGAAAUCAUGACUCGCUUCCUUUUACCAACAGACUACUAGGCCAGUCUGAUUCUUUCUUUUUGUCAUCAAUCAGUUAAAAAGCCUUUUCGGCUGAUAUGGGCAUAGAUUCAUCACUUCAGUUUUGAUCUUGUUUGUUUGGCUUUUUGUUCUAUUUACAGUGUUCAACAACAAAAACAUGCAUUUCUAUUGCAUGUACGUAGUAGUAGUCAUCUGCACGUUUUGUGGUCCCAAAGCAAUCAAGAUUACAGCAUGACGUAUAACCAUAACUAGUGCUUUUUGAUGAUUAUAAAAGGUCAGCAUAAUAUGAUGCUGUUCCUUUAUCAACUAUUUCUCUCCUGAGUUCCUUUUAGAACAUAUCAGUUCACAUUUUAGGUGGUUUUGUGGUGAGCACAAUACCACUGUAAACCAUAAUAUCAAAUUUUAAGGAUACCCGAGAACUCCUUUUGCAGUGUUUUGGUUGAGUUUCCAAACUAGAUGUGUUUUGCCUUGUUAAUUUGGUUAUUGAGGUUUGAAAUCAAGGCAUUUCCACUAGAACAUCCGGAUAAAUGAUAAGAUUAAACAGAAAAUGUUAUCAUAAUUUGCUUAAUGUCAUAACUUUCUUUUUUCUACAGAAUACAAAAUAAGAUGGUUUGAAAAAUGCCUCAGAAAAUGGGGUCCAGUGUUUUUUUGGACCCUAUUGACUUUUAUUGUAUGGACAAAAAUAGUUGAACAUUUUUCAAAAUGUCUUCUUUUGUGUUCUGCAGAAGAAACAUAUCAUACAGAUUUGGAACGACAUGAGGGGUAGUAAAUUGCAGAUUUUUUAAUUUUAAACACCAUAAGUCAUACCUUCUAACCACACUCGGUAUUUCUACCCUGUGGCCCCAUGUUCUCACCGUUCUCUGUAUCCUAUUUACUCUGGUUUGCUUCUAAUACUUCCUCAAAAUAAGACAAUAAAGUCUGUGGGAGUUCUG